UAGGCGGAAGGGGUGUCUGAGGGGGGCUGUCUUGGGGGAGGCAGGCCCAAGUGACUGGGGUCUGACGGGAGCCGCAGGUUUAAGGAGGGGCACCUGUGGGAGCAUUCACGCGGGAGCGAGGGGCUGCUCUGCCGGGUGGGUGGGGCAGAGGGCAGGGCGGGCCGGGGCUGGGCCUGCCCCCUCCCAGCCCGACGGUCGGGCAGCGCCAGGCGGCCGGCUCUGGGCCAACAGAUUAGAGCGCGGGGCGGCGUGGGAGCGGGACGAGCCACCCCGGGGGUCAGCCUGGUGGGGCGGGGGUCGGGGCGAGAUUCGGGGUGGGCUAGACCUGGGGCAGCCACAGAGAGAGAGGGGGACCCCGAGAUGCAGAGCCGGACCCGGAGAGGUCAGGCACGAGGCGAGGGAUGGAGAGGCAGCGGCAGAGACAGUGCGGGGCGGGCGGGCGGUGAGAGCCAGCGCGUGUGAGUGAGUGAGUGAGUGGUGAGGAGCGAGGAGGGAGGCCGGGAGCCCGUGGUUAGUGAUGGGGCACAGCGGAAGGGGAGGCUGCAGGGAAGACUGGCUGGGAGGGAAGGUGAGGGGACACGGGGCCAGGAGAGGAAUGGGAAAAAUGGGGACCAGUGGGCAGAGGGGUGCCUGCCUGCAGGAGGCGGCGGGUGGGGCGGGAUGUGGCGGGUGACUGGCGGGCGGGGGCCUGGGUGGAAGGGGAAGCACCCCCUCCCCGCAGUGCCAGCUCCCGCUGACCCCUGUCUGUCUCUCCCGCUUGCUCUAUCCCCUCCCCGUCUGUCUGUCUGUCCCGGCCUCUCUGCAGGGCUGGCUCCACCAUGGACUGUAGCUGCGUCUCUGACCUUCUCUUCGCCCCGCCUGCCCUGCCUGCUCUCUGGACCCCUGGGUUUGCCUUCCCGGAUUGGGCCUACAAGCCGGAGUCGUCCCCUGGCUCGAGGCAGAUCCAGCUGUGGCACUUUAUUCUGGAGCUGCUGCAGAAGGAGGAGUACCAGGGUGUCAUCGCCUGGCAGGGAGACUACGGGGAGUUUGUCAUCAAGGACCCGGACGAGGUGGCUCGGCUCUGGGGCAUCCGCAAGUGCAAGCCCCACAUGAAUUACGACAAGCUGAGCCGGGCCCUGCGCUACUACUACAACAAGCGGAUUCUCCACAAGACCAAAGGGAAGAGGUUCACCUACAAGUUCAACUUCAGCAAAGUUGUGCUUGUCAAUUACCCGUUGUUGGAUGUGGCUGCAGCCACCACGGGCUCUCCACUCCUGCUGACCCCUGGUCCCUUUGGGGGAGCCCCUGGGCCAGAUGCUCCUCCCCUCACCCCUGAGACCCUGCAGACCCUGUUCUCUGCCCCACGCCUAGGAGAGCCGGGGGCCCGUGCACCCCUGUUCACCCCCGAGACAGACAAACUGCGUCUGGACAGCCCUUUCCCGUUCCUGGGCUCUGGUGCCACCAGCUAUUCCAAGCCCCCUGGCUUGCUGGGUCCUUUCGGCCGCGCUUUCCCAGAGCACCCUUGGAACUUUAGUCCAUACCUCACCGGCCCCUUCCCCAAGCUGCCCCCACCUCUCUACCCCCCACACUUCUACCCCAACCCUCUGGCCAGUUCCCUGGGCCACCUGCCCUCCACAGGGGCAGGGGGAAGCCCUUCCACAGUGCCCUUACUGGCUGCGACUGGGGAGGGCCUGGGCCCCGAGCGCCCCUCAGGCCUGGCAGCGGCCCCUCGCCUGGCACUGCCGGGGGCUGGGGGUCCAGAGGCCACGCUGGGUGGGAAGGAGGACAGCGACUCAGAGCUGGAGAUCACCGACGUCAGCGGCUGCAGCUCCGACAGUGAGGGCGAUGAGGGCCUCCCCACGCCCCCCAAGGCCAAGGCGGGCAAAGGCGGGGUCGGCAGCUGAGCCAGCGUGGGGUGAUGGAUUCUGCCGAGGCGGGGACCAGGGUGGCCACCCGCGCAGCCUCUCCAAUGUCCUGCCUGCCCUCAAUGUCCUGCCUGAGACUGGGGACCAGCCCUCAGCCGCUCCUAGGCCCAGGCACAUGGCUGCCCUAGUCUUUUUCCC